AAAUUAGAGUCAGUUUAGUUGCCUAACCCGCUUCACGCUUUUUAGUCCUUAGUUUGCUUUAGUCCUUUAGUCAAUAAGUUCUGAAAACACGUCAUACCUUUUAGAUUUAUUUCAGUUUACAAUAAUAGUCGACCAUCCAUAUCAAAUAAUAGCAAUGGCAGGGAAAAUAUCUGCAAUGAAAAUAAUCAAACAGACCAAUAAAGUUAACACUGCCUCAGUUAUUUUCUUCCAUGGUUCAGGUGAUACUGGUCCUGGAGUUCUCGAAUGGAUGAAGUUUUUAAUAGGUGAUUUUUCUCAACCUCAUAUCAAGUUCUUGUUUCCAUCAGCACCAAUGAGACCAUAUACACCUUUAAAUGGAGCUCAAAGUAAUGUAUGGUUUGAUAGAUUGAACAUAACACCGGAUGCACCUGAACAUACUCAAACUUUGGAUUCCAUUGGAGAAGAGGUAAAGAAAUUGAUACAAGCAGAAGUGAACUCUGGGGUACCUCUUGAUAAGAUAAUAGUUGGUGGGUUUUCAAUGGGUGGUGCACUUGCUUUGCACACAGCAUAUCGAACAAUCCCUGGAUUAGCAGGAGUUUUUGCCUUGUCAUCCUUUUUGAACAAAGACUCUUUGGUUUAUGAUGUAUUGAGGAAGAAUGGUCCAUCAAAAACUCCACUCUAUAUGUUCCAUGGUGAUAGGGACACAUUGGUACCAAAUACAUGGGGGUUGGAAUCUUUUAACAACUUAACAGAGUUGGGUGUUAAGGGAGAAUAUGUCCAAUUGAAGAAUACUCUUCAUGAAUUGAAAAAGCACGAACUGGAAUUAUUGAUUUCCUGGAUCAGAAAACUGUUGCCUUACGAAAAGGCUGUUUGAUGACGGGUCUUUUUGAUGGUAGUUUAAUGGAAUUUCAUAAAAUAAUGAUAAUAAAUACGAAUUCACUGCCGGUUUAGAAUGAACGGGAAACUAAUUGUGAUUAGGUCAAUAUUGUUAAUAGGAGGCUUUAUGAACUGUUAGAAAUAUUUUAAUAUUAUAUAUAUUUUAUGAAUGUUUAAAUUAUAAGGAAUUGUUAGGUGGUGUUUGUCUAGGUCGAAUAACGAAUGUCGUU